AUGGGGAUUCACCUGUCUAUUCGCAAGCUCUCGAAACUACUAGUUCUGUUGUUGUUUCAUCUUGUGGUUGCAAACUUUGUAGACUCUUUGCAACAGCUAUCUUGCCAUGCCGAGGAGAGCUCUGCCUUGCUGCAGUUCAAGGAGAGCUUUAUGAUUGACAAAUCUGCUUCAAGUAAUGACGGUGCUUAUCCAAAGGUUUCAUCAUGGAAACCAGCUGGAGGAGGAAAUAGCAGCUGCUGUUCGUGGGACGGCGUGGAGUGUGACGAGAUGACGGGUCAUGUUACUGGCCUUAAUCUCAGCAGCAGUUAUCUCUACGGCUCUUUCGACUCCAAUAGUAGCCUGUUCAGCCUAGCGCAUCUUCAAAGACUAGUGGAGCUAUGUUUUGCUUUUAAUGGUUUGAAUGGUUCAAUUCCCGCCUCAUUUUCCAAUCUCAUCAAUCUCGAGAUCCUUUGUCUACAGGCAAAUCACCUAACCGGUGUAGUGGAGUUUCAAAUGUUUCAGAAGGCACAAAAUCUCUACCAACUCGAAUUGGGUAGUAACAAUUUGGAAUUUGUUAUUGAACAAUUUUCAAAUAUUAUGGAUGUAACUGUUCAACAGUUCACCAUUCUGGAUUUGAAUACAUGCAAUUUAAAAGAGUUCCCAUAUUUCCUAAGAAAUCAGACAAAGUUACAGCGGUUGGAAAUGUCAGGAAACAAAAUCCAUGGCGAAGUGCCAAACUGGAUGUGGAACAUAAGCAAGGGAACUCUGAUAUUUGUGGACAUUUCUGAUAAUUUCCUAUUGGGCGAACUUCCAGUUGUCAUACCCUGGGUUAACCUGCUCUGCCUGAAGCUUUCAAACAACAGUUUUCGUGGACAACUACCGAUCCCUCCACCAUCCGUAAGAGAAUAUGUAGCCACUAACAACAAAUUUACUGGAGAAAUUUCACCAUUGUUUUGCAAUAUGAAUUCUCUUAUGUACCUUGACCUGUCGAAAAAUAACUUGAGUGGCACGCUUCCUCAAUGUCUCGGAAACUUUAGUGAGGCUCUAAUGCUUUUACUUCUUGGAAGUAACUCUUUUCAUGGAAUGAUGCCCCAACCAUUCAACAACAGAAGCAGUUUGAGGAUGAUAGAUGUUAGUCAUAACCAAUUGCAGGGGCAAUUACCGAGGUCAUUGGCGAAUUGUGCGAUGCUUGAGUAUCUGGUUUUGUCAAACAAUCAAUUCAGUGAUGUUUUUCCCAUUUGGUUGGGGGCUCUUCCAGAGUUAAAACUUUUGGCAAUGCGCCAUAAUGGGUUUAAUGGUGUGAUAGGACAAUCUAGAAAAAAUGUUGACUUCCCCAAGUUACGCAUUCUUGAUUUGUCAUAUAACAAUUUCACAGGUGAGAUUCCACCAUUGUUUCCAGAUAUUGUUGUAAACAUGUCAACAUACAUGCAAACAGAAGUAAACUAUGUCGUCAUUGGUGUUUAUGUUACACGAAGGGUUGCUUACUCAGUCACAAUAGCAGUUAAAGGUUUGGAUUUGUACUAUUCAAAGAUUCUAGAAGGCUUUGCAGCCAUUGAUAUCUCAAGCAACAAAUUUGAAGGUAAGAUUCCAGAGUUCAUUGGGAACCUUACGGAGCUUCGCUCGCUGAAUAUUUCCAGCAACAUUCUCACUGGUUCCAUCCCAUCAUCCCUUGGCAAGUUAACGAAUCUUGAAUCGCUGGACCUUUCACAAAACAAGCUCUCAGGACAGAUCCCCGAACAACUGACGAGGCUUACAUUCCUUGGGAACUUUGAUGUGUCUCACAACAAUCUCACAGGUCCUAUACCGCAAGGUACCCAACUUACUUCAUUGAAUAGCACUUCAUAUGAGGGAAACCCAGGAUUGUGUGGAGAUCCAUUACCAAAAUGCGGAAAUCAAGAGGCCCCUCAACCGCCACCUUCAACUAAAGAAGACAGUGAUUCAGGCUCAGCUCAAACGCUUGAAUUUGAUUUGAAAUUUUGUUUGGCUGGAAUUGGAAGUGGGUUUGUAGUGGGAGUGGUUCUCGCGGAUGUCGCCAUCACAAGAAGGAAGGAGUUGUUUCUUAAGAUUGUUGGAAUGGUGAAGCUAAUGAUAGUCUUUAUCAGUCCAUACAUAUGUUCUUGA